AUGAACACAAUUCUUUUCCUCAAUUUGUUUGCCAUAACAACCAUCAAUCUUAGCUUAUGCAAUGGAACCACUUACUUGGGUUGCAUCGAAAGUGAGAGACAAGCACUUUUAAGGUUCAAGCAAGAUCUCACUGAUUCUUCCAACCGGCUUUCCUCGUGGAUUGGUGAAGGAGAUUGUUGUAAAUGGGCUGGUGUUGUCUGCCACAAUUCCACAGGUCAUGUCCAUGAACUCCGCCUUGGAAAUCCUGAUGCUUACAAUGGCAUAUCAGAUUUGGGAGGUAACCUAAAUCCCUCUUUGCUUGAUCUUAAGCACUUGAUUUACCUUGACUUGAGCUAUAAUGAUUUUCAAAGAUUUCAGCUUCCUAGUUUUCUUGGAUCUAUGGGGAAGUUAAGACACCUUAAUCUCUCUGGAGCUGGAUUUUCCGGAGAAAUUCCUCAGCAACUUGGAAAUCUCACCAAUCUGCAAUAUCUUGACCUCAGCCAGAAUUACUUGUUAUACCAUGAAAAUCUUGGUUGGUUAUCAGGGCUUUCUUUGUUAGAGUACCUUGAUUUGAGUUUGGUGAACCUUGGGAAAACUUCUGUAGAUUUGUUGUUCAUUGUAAAUGUACUUCCUUCUUUAGCUGUGUUAAAAUUGUCAGGUUGUCAACUCCAUCACCUUCCAACUCUGUCCAUUGCUAACUUUUCUUCACCCCUUGUCACCCUGGAUCUUUCUGGCAACAAAUUUAAUACCUCUUUCAGUUCCAAUUGGGUGUUUGGUCUCAGUCAAUUACAGUUUCUUGACUUAGCUGGAAUUGGUUUUGAAGGACCAAUCCCCGAUGGACUUCAAAACUUAACUUCUCUUACACAUCUUGAUUUGUCUCGAAACCAUUUCAGUUCUCCAAUUCCCAACUGGUUGUACAAAUUUAGUCACCUUGAGUCUCUUUCUCUAUCCCGUAAUAGCUUGGAAGGUGUUAUUUCAAGUGAUAUAGGAAACUUGACCUCUUUGCAAAUGCUUGAUCUCUCAUCAAAUGCACUUCAAGGGAGCAUUCCAAAAUCAUUGGGAAGACUUUGCAACUUGAGGUGGAUCUCUUUGUCAUUUGUCAAAUUGAAUCAAACAAUUUCUGAAAUCCUAGAUAUUUUUUCAGGAUGUGUCUCACAUAGACUAGAGUUUUUGGAUUUGGCUCAAACUCAACUUUAUGGUCAGUUGACCUACCAACUUGGGCUAUUUAAGAAUUUAAAAACUCUAGAUCUAUGUUGUGGAAAUAUAUCUGGUCCUAUUCCAUAUUCCUUGGGAGAACUUUCGAAAUUGACAUUUCUAGAUCUUUCCUUUAAUAAUUUGAGCGGCCCGAUUCCCUUUUCAAUAGGUGAACUUUCAUCCUUGAAGACUCUACAGCUUUCCUCUAAUGAAUUGAAUGGAUCUAUUCCAUCAUCAUUAGGAAAGCUUUUGUCUUUGAGGACUCUCCAACUUUCUUCUAAUGAACUGAAUGGAAGUCUUUCUGAAAUUCACUUUGUCAAGCUCUCAAGUCUUACGCUUUUCAAUGCAUCAGGAAACUCAUUAGAGUUGAAUGUAAGUCCCAAUUGGGUUCCUCCUUUUCAACUUGAAGAGUUAUAUUUGGCUUCCUGGCAUUUAGGGCCUCAGUUUCCAUCAUGGCUUCUUUCCCAAAAGUAUCUAGCUUUUCUAGAUAUAUCCAACUCAGGAAUUCGAGAUACGAUUCCUAGUAGCUUUUGGAACUCUUCUUCUAGAUUUCAAUAUCUAAAUCUCUCUUAUAAUCAAAUCUAUGGAACAAUUCCUGAAUUAACAGAAGCUAUUUUGAUUUCUUCCCUUGACUUGAGUUCAAAUAAUUUGUCAGGUUCAUUGCCUCUUGUAUCCUCCAAUAUGGUUACACUUGAUCUUUCCAAAAAUUCUUUCUCAGGAGAAAUUGGAGAUUUUCUGUGCCAUGAAAUGAACGAGUCAAAGAAUUUGCAAAUUCUUAAUCUUGAAGACAAUUCUCUAUUUGGAGAAUUGCCAAAUUGUUGGAUAAAUUGGCAAAAUUUAUUGAUUUUAGAUUUAAGUAAAAACAAAUUUACUGGAAACCUUCCCACCUCUAUCGGAACAUUAAAUUCCCUUAGGUCACUACAUCUUCAAACCAAUAAAUUCGCUGGAACAAUUCCCAUGUCUCUUAAAAAUUGUACAGAGUUAGUGGUACUUAAUAUUCGUGAAAAUAAAUUUGUAGGAAAUUUAGACUCAUGGCUUGGAGAAAGUUUUUCAAGUCUUGUGAUCCUCACCCUUCGCUCAAAUAAGUUUCAUGGCAUUUUGCCUUUGGAACUUUGUGGUCUAUCUUCCCUACAAAUCUUAGAUCUUGCUGACAACAGUUUGUCCGGAACCAUACCAAGUUGUAUUAGUAAUUUGAGUGCCAUGGUAACAAUCCCAAAAGAUUUUUUCAGCAGCAUAAAGUAUUCAACCAAUUAUAGUGAUUUUACCGAGGAUGAAUCACUGAUGAUAAAAGGGAAAAUGGAUAAUUAUGGCUCCAUUCUUAAUUUGGUGAGAAGUAUGGAUCUUUCCAAAAACAAUUUCUUUGGAGAAAUUCCUAUAGGAGUGACAAAUCUUGUAGCGUUGCGAUCAUUGAAUUUGUCACACAACCUUUUCACAGGAAGAAUUCCGGAGAGUAUUGGCGCUAUGAAAGUACUAGAGUCUAUUGAUUUCUCAUCAAAUCGGCUUUUUGGUGAACUUCCUAGGAGUCUUUCAAAGUUGACAUUUUUGAAUGACUUGAAUCUUUCGAACAACAACUUGACAGGGGAAAUUCCUUUAAGCACUCAAUUACAAAGCUUGGAUCCAUCUUGUUUUAUGGGCAAUAAACUUUGUGGACCUCCGCUUUCUAAGGAUUGCACCUUCAUUGUUCCAACAUCUGAGAAAGAAAUUGCAGGUAACAAAAGAUUGGUGAAUGGGUUUUAUGUAAGCAUGGCACUUGGAUUUGUGGUGGCUUUUAGUAGUAUAAUAUAUAGGUCCUUUAAUACAUCCUGGUGCUGGACAUGCAGAGUUCCAUUUCAUGUUCGUCGCAGUGGCAAAGCGUAUGUUCUGAACAAAGGAUCCUUUGCAGAGCCUAGCUCAUCUGUCACUGGUAUCAAGAAUGGUUUUGUGUAA